AAGGCUCCCCUGCAUCACUACCCUCUCGCUGUCCUUCCCUGUUUUCCUGAAACCCUAAACCCUCGCCUAUCUCUCUUCACCACUUCCAGUUUCGUCCAGAACCAUCGCCAUGGUGAUCGAACCCUCGAGAUACAGUCGCAAUUAGAGCUAGCUUAGAAGGCGACGACGGGAUUGCGGCUUACGGAGACCACCGUAACUCCAUCUUUCUUCACCUUGGGCUCUGCUCUCACCCCAAACCAUUGAAGAAGGAGGAUCAUGGAAGAGCAUAGUAGAAUAUGAUAAUUGGCAUAACAUACAAGAGAUUUGUUGCAUUAUAGCAGAAGAUGGAUGGCUCCGUGGAAUUAUUCAACCACCUCAAGGCUGCAGAUCCAUUUUUCCUUUUAGCUGGACCCAAUGUGAUUGAAUCCGAAGAGCAUACAUUGAAGUUGGCAAAACUUAUAAAGAUUAUUGCGUCUAAGUUCGGGCUGCCACUGGUUUUUAAAUCAAGCUUCGACAAAGCGAAUCGUACUUCCUCAAAAUCAUACCGUGGACCUGGGCUGGAGGAAGGUUUGAAGAUUCUUGAGAAGGUUAAAGUCACCUAUGACCUUCCUAUAGUAACAGAUGUGCAUGAGAGCAGUCAGUGUGAAGCUGUUGGGAGAGUCGCUGAUAUCAUUCAAAUUCCAGCUUUUCUUUGUCGUCAGACUGACCUCUUAGUUGCUGCUGCAAAGACGGGCAAAAUCAUCAACAUUAAGAAAGGACAAUUUUGUGCCCCAUCUGUUAUGGUGAAUUCUGCAGAAAAAAUUAGACUUGCUGGCAACCAGAAUGUGAUGGUUUGUGAACGAGGCACUAUGUUUGGCUAUAAUGAUUUAAUCGUCGAUCCACGCAAUUUGGAGUGGUUAAGGGAAGCUAAUUGCCCGGUGGUCGCUGAUAUUACUCAUUCGCUUCAACAGCCUGCAGGGAAGAAGCUUGAAGGUGGCGGUGUUGCUAGUGGUGGUUUGCGCGAACUAAUACCUUGUAUUGCAAGGACAGCUGUUGCAGUUGGUGUCGAUGGGCUAUUCAUGGAGGUGCAUGAUAAUCCACUGAAUGCUCCUGUUGAUGGUCCAACACAAUGGCCUUUGCGCCACUUGGAGGAACUUUUAGAAGAGCUCAUAGCAAUAGCUAGGAUAAGUAAGGGGAAGAAGCCAUUUGAAAUUGACCUCGCACCUUUUCUUGAGUGAAUCAUGAGAAGCUGGCUGCCUCAGUGAGGUAAUUGACCUCACAGCUUUUUUUGGGAAAUUUACAUAUGUAGCCCACACUUCUUAUGUAUUUACAAAACUCACACCUAAACUUUCAUAUUUAUAUAUGUAGCAUCUUGGAGUGAUAUUAAAGGUUUGAGUGCUAUGUGUGUAAAUAUGAGUUUAGGUGUGAGUUUUGUAAAUACAUAAGAAUUGUUUUGUUUUUCUAUUGGAUUUGAGCGCAACCACCACGAGUGAGGGUUGUAGCUAAAUCGAAUCGUGUAUCGUCAUGUUCGAGUUUAUUUAUUCGUCUUUUUAUUGA